UGCUCCACCAGCCGGAAUCUUGAGAUACAAAAAAAUACCCAAAAACAUGACGAGUCUACUUCAUCCACAGCCUACAAAGUAUAACCACGCGGUGCCUGAUAAGUUAGCCGGUCCCCUGUGACGUAUCUCACUAUCGCUGGCCCCGGCCGGAGUCAAUGCGAUCGCGAGCCCCCACUCUGACGACAAGCCCCGCCGACUUAUUUAUCCCAUCGAGCCCGCCGUCGGAGCUUCUCGCUGUCUCCCAGAACUGCCAUCCUCCUGUUUGUCGCCCAUCACUCGGUACAGGUACCGAGGAAGUGUCUCUCCGAUCUGGUUUCCCCAUAGCAAAUCUCUUCUAACUCCCAUCCACCAUCUUCCGCUCUUCAAAGCGUCCCAAUCUUUGCAUGCACGGGACCACGGAUCUCUGUCCUUGAAUCCAUAUAAUACCUUCUCCCGUAUCUAUUCCCCCUAUAAAUAAUACACACACCAAUAAUGGACGACCAAGUGAGCCGACUAGUCGAUAAAAUCUGGAACAAAUUCCAAUCCACACCCAAAGACACCCGCCUAUUAAUCGCCAUCAGCGGGAUACCCGGCUCAGGCAAGACAGAACUGGCUACCAUGAUGGCCAACCGCAUCAAUCGGCGCUACCUAACGCAACACCCCGAAUCACCACAAGUCGCAACCAACGUGCCCAUGGACGGCUACCAUCUAACACGGGCACAACUAUCCGAGAUGCCCGACCCGGCGUAUGCCAUCGCGCGCCGCGGCGCAGCAUUCACCUUUGACGGGGAGAAGUUUCUGCAGCUGGUCCGGGCGCUGCGGGAGCAGGUGACGCCCGAGACCCAGAGUCUGUAUGCACCGAGCUUUGAUCAUGCAGUAAAGGACCCAGUUGAUGACGAUAUAUUGAUCCCGGCGUCGUGUCGGGUGAUAUUCUUCGAGGGGAAUUACUUGAGUUUGAACAAGGAGCCGUGGAAUCGCGCGGCGGAGUUGAUGGAUGAGUUGUGGUUUGUGGAGGUGGAUUUCGAGGUUGCGAAGAACAGGUUAAUUAGGAGGCAUGUUAAGGCUGGAAUUGCGAGGGAUGAGGCAGAGGCGGAGAAGAGAGUCUUGGAGAAUGAUUUGGUCAAUGGGAAGGAGAUUGUUGAUUAUAGAUUGGAUUUGCAAGAGCUGGUUGUCAGUCGGUAUGAUCCUGCGUGGGAUGCGUGAGUGGGACAUUUGGGUGGAUGGAGAUUUUAGAGUUAUAGACGUUGGUCAAGACUCGAUACUUACUAGACUUAUACUUAUGAUAACCCAAACACUUGGAUAUACGACAUGCAUGGAGAGAUCCUUAGCUAUUGAAGACUUGCAUUGAAUAAAC